AUGGGCUCCCUUGAGUACGGCAAAGAUGGUGACACGAACAUCGCCAUGGAAAACGUCGGUGCGGAAUCAACCGAACCCUUUCGUUUCAUGGAUCUGCCCAAGGAGGCUCGACUCAUGGUCUACGAGCGUAUUCCCGUUACCACCAAGACUUACGGCGCUUCGCUUGGUGAGGAUCGACCCGUAGUGCAACAUCCUGAGAGGGUACGGAGCGACGGCAGACUCAUCCUUGUCCACAAGACACUACCCACAGGUAUCCUCCGUGUCUCGAAGGCGGUCCACUACGAGGCGCGCCCCAUUGUGAGGGCCAAACUGAAGGACCAGGAGGUAUGGGAUCCGAGGAGCGCGAUCCAUGGGGGGGACGCUUCCGAAAAUCGUGACAGCUUCGCGGAAGCUACCGCCAGUGCCACGAAUAUCCCCGAUAAAAAGGUCGAAUCCGACAUCAUGCGGCGUUUCGGCAGACAACUGAGAAACCGCCGUAAAUACCUGCCCCGGUCCCAGAGAGAAUGGAUAACAGUAGAGGUGGCCUGCGUCGGUGCCACCGAGUUCAGCUCCGAUCUUCUUCAGUUACUCUUGCGUCUCAGAUUGCGUGAAGCCGUUGAAAUGCUUGGCGACAAACGGCUGGAUAUUGCCAUCGCGCUGCGCAUGGUGCCAUCUUUACCCGGAACACUUACCGAAAAGGAGGAGCAGGAUAUAUUUCAAUUUGUGGACGAGAUGCCAGCGUCACAAAUGGCAGCGUGGAGUGUGUUCGGUGAUCGUGGAGGUCAUGAACCCUGGUUCGAAGAGUCGACUCCCAUCAUCAAGGGUCGACCAAUCGAGCAGCAUGAGUGGGAAGAAGAAUGGGAGGAAGGAAUGCAUUUCCGCGAGCAUGGCGCAGAUAUUGCUGCGGCUGGAGUGCAACAUAAAGAGGUCUAG